AAUUUUUCUACAAUUUUUCUAUCAUUUUUAGUGAAAAAUUUGCUGAAAAAAUUGAAAAUAGUACUAGGAUAACAUGAUCAAGUUAGACACCUUGCUGGACGGCUGUGAUACAAGUACACAGGAAGGUAUCGAUGAAGCCUGUAGGAAAAUUUCCGUGAAGGAGAAAGAGAUCGACUCCCGACUGGAGGAAAUCCUAUCACAACAAUGCCAACUGGAGGCUAAAAUGCGCAACAUCGGCCUGGCACUGAGCAGCCUUUCCACGGUAGCGGACAAGAGCCGAAACCUGUCGGAGAUGAUCGAUCACACGUCCCAGCUUGCGGAGAAUGUAAGCGCCAAGGUUCGUCGCCUGGACGAGGCUAGGGGCCGCGUUUCGGAGUGCCAGCAACGUGUACACGACCUGAUCGAUCUGCAGCUGUGCAGUCAGGGUGUGAUAACCGCAAUCAAGGAGGAAGACUUUGAGAAAGGCGCCGUGCAUGUGAACCGGUUCCUGUCGAUGGAUAAGAAUCUACUCCAGAAGACGGCGGAUGACGUUUCCGGAUCGAUCACGUCGGUAAGCAAAGCGGUUUCGACACUGGAACAAGCCGCAACGCAGAUACGACAAGUAGUCAACCAAAAGUUUGACGAGGCGGUCAAAAAGGACGAUCUGGCUUCGGUGGAACGGUUUUUCAAAAUUUUCCCACUUCUCGGGAUGCACGACGAAGGGCUGGAGAAGUUUAUGACCUACAUAUGUUCCAAGCUGCAGGUUAAAGCGCAGAAGGAGCUCCGUUCUUCUAUGGAUAUUGCCAAGGCAGAGAAACGUGCAACGGUUGCCUAUUCCGAUACGCUGACGGUACUGUUGGAAAAUAUUGCCCGGGUCGUGGAAGUCAACCAGGCAAUUAUCGAAAACUGCUACGGUUCUGGAAGGUUGAUACAGGUUGCUGCCAUUCUGCAAAAGGAAUGUGACGAAGAGGUGGUGAAGCUUGUGCUUGAGUUUAACAAAAAUCGUCAAAUCGGACGAAGGGUUGCUCAAAUAAACGAUUACAUUAAAAAUAGUGGCAAUCCAGCAGCGAUGGGUCACUAUAGGAAGGCUUCCGGUGGAGGAUCGGUGGAUAAGCUCAAUGCCAAGGACAUCGAUGCUUUGAUUGGAGAGAUCACUAUAAUUCACUCCCGAGCAGAACUGUAUACGAAAUUCAUUAAGCGGAGAUGUUUGAAUGACCUCGAAAAAAGCUCAUUUGAAUCCGAAGUAAAGGACACCAAACUAAACACCCUCCAUGAGCUGAUCAAAAAGUCCCGUCUGAGUACCCAGAUGCAAGAAGUUCUCGGGACAUAUCUGCUUUUCGAGCGCUACUUCAUGGAGGAAAGUGUUCUGAAAGCGAUAGCCCUGGAUAACCUCGAAAGCGGCCAGCAGUGCUCCAGCAUGUUGGAUGAUGUGUUUUUCAUCAUUCGCAAGUGCAUCCGACGUUCGAACGGCACCCAAUCGCUGGAUGGCGUUUGCGCGGUGAUUAACAAUGCUGCAAGUUGUUUGGAGCAGGACUUUAUGAAUGCCCUCAAAGCUCCACUGAAGGCCGGCUAUCCGACGGGUUACAUGGACCUAGCUCAGUCCGCUUUCCAGAGUUCGAUUCAGCAGGGUCGUCUGCAGACCAGUGACGUAGAUCAAGCUAGAAGCAAAUUCAUCACGGCUCUCAACAACGCCGAUAUGUCCACAGAAUUCAUCGAGACGUUGUGGUCGAUGAUGGCAGAUGAAGUAAAAAUUAGUUUCCCAGCUAUGACGGUACGGGAGAAGGAUAAGCUUGACAGCUGUCUAUCCGGCUUGAAAUCGGUCGGUGAUUCGCUGAAAGCUUUGGUAGAUUUCGGCCUUCAGCAGCUGCGAACGUCUGCCAUUAAACCAAGACUGCACCCAUGGGUGGAUCAGUUCAUUUCCCACAAUCACAAUCUAACCGAAGAAGAACUGGCCACUUACGAAGCUGGUGAAACAUUCAUCCAAUACUUGAUAGUGCAGAUCGAUGGGCUUUUCACAAUGUUCAAAAUUGCUCUCACUCCGAGAAAUUACGAUGCUUUGGUUAGUAUUGUGACGACCGAAAUCACGGCUCGUCUGGAGCGGGCUAUCAAGAAAUCGACGUUCAAUCGACUUGGUGGUUUGGUGCUGGACCAAGAAGCUAGGGCCCUAGCUUCGUUUCUCACCGGAGCUACUUCGUGGUCCGUGAGGGACAAGCUUGCCAAGUUGCUGCAGAUGGCGACGAUUCUGAAUCUGGAAAGUGUGUCUGAAUUGCCGGAGUACUGGGACUCGUCGUCGGCUACGUGGAGAUUAACGCCCAAUGAGGUGCGAACAAUUUUGGCGUUGAGGAUUGACUUUAAAAUGGAAGACAUUAAAAGGUUAAAAUUGUAAGCAGAUAAGGUAUGUACCGUGCGUGGACUUGUUGCUACUUGUUAAGAAAGUUUAUUCUAUAUGCAUACUUAUUCCCUAGUUCCCAGCACUAAAUCAAUAUAUUGUAUUAUAACUGA